AUGUCCUCCUCCUCCGACCUACCCUCGCGAGAGGGUGAGAGGGGUCAUCGAUCUCUCCGUAGCCCCUACUCAGGUACUCAGGAGACCCAGACCCUGGGGGACCCGGCCGGAUGGCCAUCGGAAGAGGAGGGCCAGCACUUUGAGGAAGACCUGGGGGGAUCGGGAGGGCCGCCUCGGAACUGGAAGGGCAUCGGCAUAGCCAUGGUGGUGAUCCUGGCCGUCAUGUCCCUGGUACUACUGGCUGUGGUGCUGCUCACUCCAGAUGAGUCUCACCUCUUGUUGCAGUCUCCCCUCACCGUGGAGGACAUUGAGAGCCACAGCUUCAAAGUUCACGACCCCUGCGUCAGCUGGUUGAAUGAGAAUGAGGUGGUCCUCCUCACCAGAGAGGGAGCUGUGCUGACCUACGGCCUGCAGUCCAACAUCACCACCACCUUACUGGACAACAGCACCAUGGACCCAGAGGGCAUGAAGUUCCAAGUGUCGGCAGACAAGAAGUUCAUGAUGCUGGCAUACAACAUCCGUCCGGUGUUCACUCAGUCCUUCACUGCCAACUAUGCGCUCCACACGGUGGCCAGUGGGGAGGUUGUGGAGCUGAAGCCACCUGAAGAGGAGACGGCUGUGCUGCAGUAUGCGGAGUGGGGGCCGCAGGGAAGCCAGCUGGUGUAUGUCUUUGGGAAUGACAUAUACUACCAGCCAGAUGUAUCCAGCCGAGCGAUGCGCCUCACCUCAACGGGCAGGGAGGGACACCUGGUCAAUGGGGUGACCGACUGGACUUAUGAAGAGGAGGUUUUGGAGUCGUAUAAGGCUCUGUGGUGGUCGGUGGAUGGUGCCCGUUUGGCCUACCUCACCAUCAACAACUCUGCCACGCCGCUGAUGGAGAUCCCACACUUCCUGGGUGGAAUAUACCCUUCCAACAUCUUGUAUCCAUACCCUAAGGCAGGCUCUGCCAUAUCCUCUGUCAGCCUGUUUGUGGUGAAUCUGUACGGACCUGCUCACACGGUGGAGAUGAUUCCCCCGGACUCUCAGCGGGCCAGAGACAGCUACAUCUCCAUGGUUAGCUGGAUUAGCAGCACUCAGCUAGCAGUGCGCUGGCUCAAUAGGGUUCAGAAUCAGUCAGUGCUGUCUGUGUGCGAGGCCACGACUGGAGCCUGCUCUGAGAAACACAAAAUGGCUGUGGACUUUUGGCAGACUCAGCAGCAGGAGGUUCCAUUGUUCUCAGCAGAUGGUUCCGUGUUCUACCUGACACUUCCCGCCAAACAAGGGGCCCGGGGCGAGUUCCGCCACAUCGCAAGCCUCUCCUCACAGCCUGCCCUUUCAUCUGUGUCCCCGCGCUUCUUGACAUCGGGCAACUGGGAUGUCACCUCGCUCUGCGCGCUGGACGAGGAAGCCGGGAAAAUUUACUUCCUGAGCACGGAGGAAUCUAGGCAGAGCAGACACUUGUACAGUGCUGAAUUAGGGGGUGUUUUCCUACGGCAGUGCCUGACGUGUGGCCUGGUGGACGACUGUAGCUUCUUCCGCGUGCUGUUCAGUCCUAACCUCACAUCUUUCAUCCUCCACUGCUUAGGUCCAGGAGUGCCGAAGGUGACCCUUCAUAGCAUAAGUGACCCCACCAGAUACACUGUUCUGGAGGAUAACGCACCACUGGCUAUUGCUCUGGGAGCCAAACGCCUUCCCGAAACGCUGUACCAGACCCUCUCGUCUGACAGCUACGAUCUUCACGUCAAGCUGGCUCUGCCCCGGGGCUACGAGACAGACCUACUUCCUCUCUUGAUCAUUGUAGAUGGCAGUCCGGGCACCCAGCUGGUGACAGAGGAGUUCUCUCUGGGCUGGCCGCAGGUGUUGACCAGUGUCCACGGGGCCGCGCUGGCCUGGGUGGACGGCAGGAGCAGGGGCGCCAAGGGCCAGAAGACCAACCCCCUGGAUGCCCGCAGGCCCGGCUCGCUCAGGAUAAAGGACCAGCUGGGCGUAGUCGAGUGGCUGAUGCAGUUGCCGUAUAUUGACAGCAGAAGAGUUGCCAUUUAUGGGAAGGCGUUUGGAGGUUAUUUGACCCUGAAGAUGUUGGCGGGCACCAAUCAAGUCUUCAAAUGCGGGGUCGCGGUGGCCCCCAUUACCGACUUCAAACUCUAUAGUGCUGCCUUCUCCGAGAGAUACCUGGGGCUACCAGAUAAGGAGGACCAUGCUUAUGUGGCCGCCUCCUUGCUGGAAGACGUCACCAAAUUAAAAGAUGAGCAGUUUCUGCUACUGCACGGGACCGCCGACGCGCGAGUGCACUUCCAGCACAGUGCAGAGCUGCUGAGCCGGCUGGUGAAGGUGGAGGCCAACUACUCCCUGCAGCUGUACCCAGACGAGGGCCACACGCUGCGGGAGCCGCGCAGCCAGGAGCACCAGAGCCGCACCCUGCUCCACUACCUCCACAACUGCCUCAAGCACGACCCCACGAUCGUCUACGAGGAGGACGAUGACGAUGAGGAGGAGGACGACUGAGUCCCCUUAACAUUUUUAACCCCGUCAGCCCCCUCUCGUCACCCCGCAGCUCCAUCCCCAUUCCCCCUCCUC